CUGCACUUAGUACGUGUCUCAGAGAGGAUGCGUAGUGUUGUUAUUCUGCAGGACGGCGUGGGCUUCAGAAAGGUAGUUCGCCGGUGGGGGUGAUAUAUGUCUGGACUGUAGCAAAAAACCAGAAAGAACAACUACAGAAACAAGCCACUCAUUUACUUUUCAUAUACCUGUUGAAUAUUGCGCGCAAUGAGGAGGGAAGUAAGCUCAGCGGUGGACUUCCUGAAGCGCCUCGCCCAGCACCGGGGUGGCGUCGAUAACGACAGGCUUGCUCACUUUUCAACCAGACUCAAAGAACUGCUGUGCGCCAAGUUCUCUGACCACUGGUACCCAGAGAACCCCAGCAGGGGGCAGGCUUUCAGAUGUAUCAGGAUAAACAGAUUUGGUCCCUGUGAUGAAUUAUUGCAGCAAGCCUGUGAAGAAUGUGGACUGAAGUCAGCAGAACUGGGCUUGCCCCUUGAAUUCAGCAUCUGGAUCGAUCCUGGGGAGGUGUGUGCCCGCUUGGGAGAGGGUUCCCCUUCCUUCACUGUAGCCCAUUUUGAGGAACAGAAGGAAUGGGAGGAGGAGAAAGUGCAAGAAGACAAAGGAAUGGCCAAAAUAGACAAGGGUAGUCCAGAGACCUCCGACUAUCAUUCUGCAAGUUCCUCUGACUGUGGAUCCACUGCUUCCAGUGACAAUGAAGAAGAAGGGAAAGAGAGAGAAAUGAAAGGUGAAAUGGAUGAGAAGAAUCCGAAGAAGGACAGGAACACAACAGGCAAACCCUUGGGAAUCGCCAUGAGGCCUAGAAUCAGGGAGCCCCGGGAACCAAAGGCCAGAAUAUCACAGGCUCCCAGCCUCCCAUGCUUCUAUCAUGUAGCACCCGUGUGGUCACAGUAUAAGAAGAAGAGCCCCGUCUUCCUCACAGCAGUUGUCCCAACAUCCUCGGCGCCGAUGCUGAGGUAUUACGUCCUCCAAAAGCCAGCUCCUCAGUUCAUCAUACCCCAAGCCACACUGCAGCCCAUGGCAUGCGCAAAGGAAUAGAUCUCUUUUGCUAUUUUUCACCACUGUUUUAUAACAGGACAAGCUGUGAACUCAUUUCUUGAUAUUUUACAUCGGUGUUUUGCCUUUUUUUCCCCUCCAAAUACCAUGUCAUUUAAAAAACAAACAAACAUCAUAACCAAACAACUUCAGGUACCGUUUCAGCAAUGGCUUCUCAGCAUUUCAUUUUGUGAUUGGUUAAGUGCAGUCAAAUGAUGUCAAUAGUUUUAAAGAAUGUUUUGUGUGUCAUUGAAUAGAGUAGUGUUUGUGAUCCAUUUUAUCUUUUAUUUGUUUUAUCUAUAUUUAUACUGCUUUUAAGCUGAGGACAGCCCACAGUGCAGACUACCCGUAACUAUGCCAUGAUGUUUAAUUCUCUUCAGCCUUUGUCUUUUGCACUUUGUCCUUUUCAUGGGGUGCUCUUUGAAUGCUACACGUUAGCUAGCACUACAGCAACUAAUCAAGCAUUUAACUGGGCUUACACUUUACGGUUGCCUGGUUUUUUAUAACCAGUUUUCUAUUCAGUAAGCUUCAACAUUCAUUAUUAAUUUUGAAUAUAAAAUUAGCUGUUACUGCCGUGUAGGUAUUAGCCACAGUAUCUAGAUUAAAUUAUGCGUAAUGAGAAAUGACAAAAAUGAAUUCCUGACUCUCCUUGGCCUCGUUUGGUCAGCACUGCUACUCUGCACCUUCAUGGAAAACAAACUUUUUUUUCCCUAAAUGCACAGUGAAAGCCUAGUGAGACGUGGGUCAUGCCCUCUGUCAUUUGUAACAGCUGUGUGCUCAGCCAAAUGCAUAUCUAAAACAUGUCCUUGUCAGCCAGCUCCUUUUAUAAGAUACAUUGUGAUACCUCUACAAAAUGUGCCUCAAAUUGCACCGAUUCCAUUGCUGUAGAAUUAUCUAUAAUUCAUUCUUUGAUUCACUUUUGGGGGCCAGUAUUUUUCUAAUUGUUUUUACUGACAUUGUUCAACCAAAAUAGUUAUGUUUUUCUUUUUCUAUUCAGAUUGUUGGCUAUGCCUUGACUAUGAGCUUUUCCUCACUAGAAAUGAUUUUUUUGGUCUUUUGCUUGUAGCUAUAUAUAUUGUAUCUUUGUACACAUUUAUAUAUUUGUAUUCUUAAUGAUACCUCACUUGUAAUAUGCAAAUUGGUUCAUGUGCAAAUUUGACAAACUUGAAGCAAACUGAUGUUCUAAAUUUCACUGCUUCAUACUGCAGUUUCACUGCAGUUUUUUAUUGUAACUUAUUUAAUUGCCUUCAUGAAAAACAAAAUUGCUGAUUUUUCUGUUUCAGUUGUGUGAUUGUUCUAUUAUGUGCACUUACUGUAUUUAAUGUUUUUAUGCAUAUAAAUGUAUUUUAUUUUUGUAUUUUAAGAGAGAGUAUCUUUUAUAGCUGUGGUUCAGUCAUUUGUGCCAUGCCUUUAUUGUAAAAUUACUCUUUGCAGUGCUGUGUAUUUUUUUCUCAUACUUUCACAAGCAGAAAAUGAUGCAAGAUGAGAAUCUGCAAUUUAUAAAAUGCUGACAGGUACAACAUGUUUUAAGGGCACUUUGUAUCUUGUAAUCAGUGAAACACUGGAUUCCUGUAAGCAGUUUUGUAAUUAUGUUCUACAUUUGAUAUCCUACUUUUAUGUUCUGCAUAAUCAUGUGGCCUUUGUUGAACCUUUGCUAUCAAUCCUUUAUUUUUGUGCAUUUUAUGAAAUAUGUUUGCUAGCCAUGCAAACCUGGAGAAUGCCUGUUUGUACUCUUAUUUUGUCAUUUUUUUGCAUUAUUAAAUGGCAUCAGUGUAAAUGUAAAAAA